AAACUCACAAUAUUUUUUUGGCACUCAUUGGCACUUGUCUUCUUCCAAUGGAAAAGAAAGGAAAAUUGGAGAUGCUGGUAGUACAAGGCAGCCAGAAUUAUACAUUUCCACUUCUAUAUGACCACAAUAAACUCAGCUGCUGCUGCUGCUGCUGCUACUAGUCUUUAUCCUUUGCUUUCCACUUGAUUUCUCCACUGACUCAUCCCCAUCAUCUCCUCUUCUGUUCAGAAUCUCCUCCUGCUAAAGCAUUUCGUUGCUGAUUUUUUUUUUUGCUGGAAUUCUUGUUGUGGGGUAAGGCGCAAAGCGCUGCGAGGCAAGGCAUAACAGCUGAAAGUUGCAAUCUUUAUCGGUUUUGGAUUCCUCCUCCUCCUGCUGCUGCUCUCUCUCCUCCAAGGCUCCAACACAUCCUGGUCCCGAGAGAAAAAGGGGAGAUAUUUUUUUGGGGGCGCAUGAUUCGAUCCCUUGUUGUUUGCUGUUGUUGCCUUGCUGCGCAAAGAUUUGGUCCUUUCUCGGUCUGUUUCUUGGCCUGUUCAGCUCGGUGGUGGUGGUGUUGUUGGUGGUGCAGUUCUUGGAGUCACAUGGUUGGUGGUGGUGUGGGCAGUUCUUGAUCCAGGCUCAGAUUGAAACUGGCGGUCGAGAGAUUCCUGGUUGCAGGAGAAGUUCUUGGUCGCAUUUCGGGUGGUGGUGGUGGUGGUGGUGGUGGCAGUUCUUGAUCUGCUCCCUCGGGAGAAUUCGAUUGAUGUGGUGGGUUCUCUUCUUCUUCUUCUCCUUGGAGCUCAGUUCCCCAAUUCGCCAUUUUGAUGAGGAGCUCCCACUGUGAGAGCUACUGCGCUCCUCCCUUGUGCAACCUCCCCUGCCUCCCCAAAUCCAAAGACGAUUCGACCACGGACGAUGCCGCCGCCGCGUCGUCUCCAACUCCGGCCACCGUCGUCGCCGCAGCUUUCGCUGAGGACAAGCCUCCUCCGCUGCAGAAGAUUGAGGCGGCGGUGACGGCAAACAAGGAUCAUGAUGAUGAUGGUGAUGGUGGUGGUGAUGAGGGUAGCAAGGAAGUGGUGGUGACAGUGGUUCCCAAGAGUAGCCUGAAGAAGACUAAUUGUGAGGACAGUAAGAAUGUGGUGAAGGGCAAUGUGAAAUGGAUGGAUUUGCUGGGGAAGGAUCUCACUCAAGUUAAAGAAUUUGAGCCAAGCGAAUCUGGAGACUCGGAUGACGAAGACGGCAACACCUGCAUCUGUGUCAUCCAGUAAGCAGCCCCUUGGAGAUCAUCCCUGUAAAUUCUCUGAAAGGAAAAACCGAAAAACAAGUGUCUGGGUCAGCCAUUAGUUGUUUAUUUGUCAGUAGAGAGAUCAGAGAGCCCCCCAUUGUGUCGUUGGUUUAUCUGGAAUUGUGGAUGGAAUUGGGUUGUGUUGUACUAUCAAUCAGCAGCAGCUUCACCAGUACAUGUUGCACAUGCAUAGAGUUUAGAUUUUAGAAGAUUCCUGCAAAGAUCUGAUGAUUAUGUUCUUGUCUGACCUUGUUCUGGUAACCUGGUUGGGGUGUUUUGGUGGCAGUAUAAUGAUUAUAACCAGCAUUGCAUUA